AUGCGCGCAUCACUCGCUCUCACAUGCGCUUCUUUGCUGGCCAACUCGGUCACUGCUUUUGCUGUUCCGUGGAGAGGAGCAAGAAACCAGAUUCGCCAUGAUCCGUUUAUCGGCAAGCGGGCUGACAAUGGCACCCUCGACGAGUAUGACUAUGUCGUUGUUGGAUCAGGCCCAGGAGGCGGUCCUGUGGCUGCCAAUCUUGCCAUCGCUGGAUACAAGGUGUUGCUGAUCGAUGCUGGUGGCGACUCUGGAGAUAGCUGGACAGAGAAGGCUCCCGCUCUUCACCUAAUGUCAACCGAGUUCGAGGAUACCCGCUGGAACUACUUCGUCAACCACUAUCCAGACCUCGACCAGCAGAAACGCGAUUCUAAAAUGACCUAUGAGCUGCCUGACGGGAGCUUUUAUGUUGGCCUCGACCCCCCAGCCGACGCAAAACCCUUGGGUGUCUGGUACCCGCGCACUGGAACCCUUGGUGGAUGCAGCAGGCACAACGCUCUCAUCUCAAUUUACGCGCAUGAUUCUGACUGGAGCUACAUCGCGAGCCUUACAGGUGACGACUCUUGGAACCCUGACAACAUGAGGAGUUCGUACUUUCAAAAGUUAGAGAACGCCAAGUAUCUUCCCAACAGUGUAGUCGGCCACGGAUUCUCUGGCUGGCUUGGUCUGUCCCUUACUUCUCUCUCUCUUGUCGUCGAGGACCAGAAACUUCUUUCGUUGAUCAUUGCCGCUGGUACUGCCAUGGGAAAGAGUCUGCUUGGUAGCCUGCUCGGUACCGUUGCCGGUCUUGGACAGGUCCUGCUUCGCGACAUUAAUGCUCCCGGACAGACGAGCAAGACCGGUCUUUACCAGGUUCCAUUGGCAAUGACGGACUCCGUCCGCGGUGGCCCUAGAGACUUGAUCCUGAAUACGGCUAACGCUGUCAACUCGGAUGGCUCCCGCAAGUAUCACUUGGAUAUCAAACUUAACACCUUGGUUACCAAGAUCAACUUUGACCAGAGUGGCGACAAGCCCCGUGCUACCGGUGUUAACUUCAUGGAGGGCGCAAGCCUGUAUCGUGCCGACCCCAGAUCGAAGUCCGCAACGGCCAGUGGCUCUGGAAGCGUUGUGGCAAAGCGUGAAGUUAUCGUAUCUGCCGGAGCGUUCAAUACCCCGCAGCUGCUCAAACUCAGCGGCGUAGGCCCAAGCGAAGAACUCAAGUCUUUCGAUAUCUCCGUCGUAGUUGACCUCCCUGGCGUGGGAACCAACAUGCAGGACCGCUAUGAAGCUACCGUUAUUGGAAAGACUGACAGCGACUUUGUGAUCACAUCUAAGUGUACCUUCAUGGAGACUAUGCCUGAUCCUUGUCUCGAACAAUACCAGAAGGGCCUUGAACCUAUCAGCAAGGGCGUCUACGCAACCAACGGUAUUGCCAUUGCCAUCGUCCUCAAGUCUUCUGUCGCCGAAGACGAGCCCGACCUGCUUAUCUCUGGUGCCCCAGCCAAGUUCAAGGGCUACUUUCCUGGCUACGCAUCUGAUUCGCUCGCUGAUGCUCAGCACUGGGCCUGGAUUGUGCUCAAAGCUCACAGCCGCAAUAAUGCUGGUACUGUCACUUUGAAAUCGACCGACCCCCGAGAUAUGCCCCUCAUCAACUUCAACUACUACAACACGGGUAUUGACAGCAAUGGAGAGGCGGAAAAGGACCUUCAAGCUACUUACGAGGGAUUCGAAUUCGGCCGGCGAGCCUUUGAUAGUCUUAUUCCCCUCGACGGAAGCUUUCCGGAAGUCUGGCCGGGCGCGAAUGUCACAAGCGAACAAGAGACGAAGCAGUUCAUCAAGGACGAGGCAUGGGGACACCAUGCUUCGUGUACUUGUCCCAUCGGCAAGGAUGACGACCCAAUGGCGGUUCUCGACUCCAAUUUCAAGGUUCGCGGUACUGAGGGAUUGAGAGUAGUUGAUGCCAGUAUUUUCCCAAAGAUUCCUGGCUUUUACAUUGCACUUCCUCUCUACGUUGUUUCGGAGAAGGCUAGCGACGUUAUCAUCAAGGCGGCCCAGGAGUCCGCUGUUUGA